GGUUACGGGUGAAGAUUUCGGAGUUUUAUUCGUGUGUCUAACACCUAAAUAGGAGCCACUUUCCCAUAGAAAGUCUUCCAAUGAGGCACUCCCACUUGGCAUAUUGCCUAUGUGUUUCGCUCCGUAGUUAUGAUCUCACGCGAUCGCUCUCUACUGCCGACACUAACGGAGUGAAUGAAGCCAUUUAACACUGAUGGUACGGGUAAAGAUUUUGGGGUCUUUUUACACCUAAAUAGGAGCCAUUUUCUCAUAAAAAGUCCUCCCGAGAGGUACAGAUUGCCCAUAUGUAUGUGUUGCACCCAAACCAAAUCCUAAGUGUCGUUCUUGAUGUGCUGAGAAAAGCAUUUGACAUGUUCGAUCGUGAUAAGAAAGGUUUCAUUCAUACAAAUAUGGUCUCCACCAUUCUUCGUACUCUUGGGCAGACAUUCGAAGAGAAGGAUCUCAAAGCGUUAAUUGCUGAGAUCGAUCAAGAUGGAAGUGGAGAGUUAGAAUUUGAUGAAUUCUUGGCAUUAACUGCUAGAUUUCUCAUAGAAGAAGAUACAGAAGCCAUGCAAGAAGAACUAAGAGAAGCCUUCAGGAUGUACGAUAAAUCAGGGAAUGGUUAUAUUAACGUUUCUGAUUUGAGGGAGAUUCUAAGAGCCUUGGAUGAUAAAUUGACGGAAGAUGAAUUAGACGAGAUGAUCGCCGAAAUCGAUACCGACGGAAGUGGAACCGUAGAUUUCGAUGAAUUUAUGGAAAUGAUGACUGGAGAUUGAAGAGAGAAGUUUAGUUACAUAUGGAAGCUUUCUUCGCCUGAUAGUCUGGCGCAAACCAUUGCAUCGAGCGGUGCACCAUUCGUGAAUGUUGCUUCUGCUGUUCCAUUUUUCUGUACAGAGCAUUUCUUUAUUGGCAAAAUCAUGAAGAAAAUUCUACAAAUACAAUCCAAUAUAAUUAAUUAAUAUGUAAAUCUUAUCAACCCAGUUGUUAACUCUUUUAUCAGCAUCAUAAAGUCGUGACAAGAAUGAAAUUUUACAUUCGUUUUCUAAUCAAUUAUUAGUAAACUUUCUAGGAAUGCUAAUAAACUUUUGAUAAUAUAUAAUUAAUUAUAA